UAACAACCAUAUCAGAAAAACAAAGUAAUGGAGUAGUAGUAAUUAUGUAACAGAAUUAGUCAACCCCCUUUUUUUUUAAAGACUCCUUCUAACAAGCCUACAAUGACUCCACUCUCUUCCCACGAUGCCCAAUUCUGUGGAAGUUUAAAGAUUUCUGACACCAAAUAUUGGCAAAUGGAUGAUGAUGGGUUGAAGGAAGAGAGAAGAGGUUGUAAGGAUAUUGCUCGUGUUAUUGGGUUCUUACUUCCAUUGGUGAUGCUAGUAUGGAUAGUGAAUAUGGGGUAUAAACUAACAACUGAAACCAGAGACGUCGAUGCUGGUGGUUAUGAGGGCGGCUACAUAGCUCUUGUGUUUGGAAUUGCCACGGUGGUCUUUGGUUUGAUCUAUUUCAUUAUUGGGUUGACCAUUGUUGCAGAACUGGCUCUGGAUUUGUUAGCUUGGUUAGACAAGGAAGAUAGAGGAAUUAUCAGAAACCAAGAAAAGGAACAGAAGACCAUUUGUCAGAUCUUCAUACAAGUUUCAGCCACCAUGAUUUCAAUGUUUAUGCUCAUGUGGACAGUAUACUAUGGGUAUAAGCUAGCAGCAGAAGCUCAAAGGGUUGUCAUAUACAGCCACUUGGCAUUCUUGAUAGGAGUUAUUACAAUGGCUUUUGGCUUCACAUAUUUUAUAAUUGGGAUUGCCCUUGUAGCAGAUUCUGCACUAAAUCUCUCAGGUAGAUUACAACAGGAUGUCUCAGAAACUGAUUUCCUCUUAGAGAAAGACAUGGAAGCAAGACUUCUUGUGUAAUAGGGCAAUCACCAGAGCAAACACCACUACUGACAACAGAGUUUUAAUUCAGGCAGCUAACAAGCUGACACCCUAUAUGGUGCGAUUAUGUACAUCUAAGGUCCAGGCUUUACAUUUCUGAAGCAGGAUUAAGCAACAACUCUUGUAAAGGGCUCGAGUGUUGGGGAAAGAUGAAUAUACAAAACAAACAACCUAUUUUGAACAAAAAUUUUAUACACUAACACCACGAAUGCAUCUGAGAAGAGCGCUUCUCCAGACACAUUACAUUGGACAGGAUGAUAGAAUAGGGCAGAUGAUUAUACAAUUACAUCAGUAAAUGUUCUUACAUUGUAAGUUUCUCAAGAUCACAAUCAACUGAUCAAGUCAUAAAUCCAGAAUGAUAUUACAGGAAUUCUUAUUUGAUGAUAGAAUAUGGCAAAUGCUAGACUUAUCCAUUAAGUUACCAUCAGUAAAUGUUGCUUACAUUGCAAGUUUUUCCAGAUCAUGGUAUUCUAGGCCUGGACAUUUUUGUAUUAAAUAUGUUUCUCCAUUUGUAAGCUAGCUAUACUCCCAAAGACGAAUUAAUCAGAAUCAUUUGAGUUGUUCUGUAA